UCCAUUUGUUUAACGAUAAUUUGGUUAACGGUUCGUGAACCUGAAAGAAACCCAGAAAAAAUCAUGUCUCUGCUUAGACUAUUUCACUUCUACUCUCUUCUUCUCCUCUCCCUCUAUUCAAUUUCUACUACCUUAGCUGAAACUAAUGGAGACCCAACAACCAAAACCAUGGAGGAUUUCUCCGGUUACCCAAUUCAUGAACCGUUUCACUCAUUUAGCUCAGCAUCUUUAUCUUCUUCACUUUCAGUGGACGAUCAUGGUCUGCAAAAACAGAUUGAUGAGUUGUCCUCUUUCUCUGAUACUCCUGCUCCAUCAGUUACUAGGGUUUUGUACACUGAGAAGGACGUGUUAGCUCGCAGGUACAUCAAAAAUUUGAUGGGACUUUCUGGGUUAUCUGUUAGAGAGGAUGCUGUUGGUAACAUAUUUGGUCGGUGGGAUGGCUCCGAACCAGAGCUUGCUGCAGUUGCAACAGGUUCUCACAUUGAUGCUAUUCCAUUUUCUGGGAAAUACGAUGGAGUUGUUGGUGUUUUAGGUGCAAUUGAGGCCAUCAAUGUAUUAAAAAGGUCUGGGUUCAAACCUAAAAGGUCACUGGAGGUCAUCUCGUUCACCUCAGAAGAGCCGACUCGCUUUGGGAUCAGUUGCUUGGGAAGCCGCUUACUGACGGGGAGCAAGGCGCUUGCAGAAGCUCUCAAGAAUACAUUUGAUAGUCAAAAUGUAUCCUUUGUAGAGGCUGCUAGAUCCGCAGGUUAUGCAAAAGAUCAAGAUGAUUUGUCGAGUGUUUUCUUAAAGAAUGGAAGUUACUCUGCUUUUCUGGAGCUGCAUAUAGAACAGGGUCCCAUUCUGGAGGCUGAAGGUCUAUCAAUUGGUAUUGUAACUGCAAUUGCGGCCCCAGCAAGCAUAAAAGUAGAUUUUGAAGGCAAUGGGGGCCAUGCAGGUGCUGUCUUGAUGCCUAACAGAAAUGAUGCUGGAUUGGCAGCUGCAGAGUUGGCGCUAGCUGUUGAGAAACAUGUACUAGAAUCUGGUUCAAUUGAUACUGUUGGUACAGUAGGUAUUCUGGACUUGCAUCCUGGAGCAAUCAAUAGCAUUCCAAGCAAAUCACAUCUAGAAAUUGACACACGGGAUAUUGAUGAAGAACGACGAAAUGGCGUAAUUGAGAAGAUUAAGCAAUCCGCAAUAACAAUAGCAAAAAACCGUGGGGUCAAGCUAUCAGAAUUCAAUAUUAUAAAUCAGGACCCACCAGCCCUUUCUGAUAAAUCAGUAAUUGAGGCAAUGGAAGCUGCAUCAAAAGAAUUAAACCUGACACAUAAGUUGAUGAUAAGCAGAGCUUACCAUGAUUCACUCUUUAUGGCUAGGAUAUCUCCGAUGGGUAUGUUAUUCAUUCCAUGUUACAGAGCACUUGAUGUGAGAGGCAAGGAGGAAGUCCCUGUUUUAGGAAAAACUGUGCUUAACUCUAUCCAGAUAUAGCCAUAAACCUGAAGAAUAUGCUUCCAUUGAAGAUAUAGCAAAUGGGGUGAAAGUAUUGGCUCUGACCCUUUCAAAGCUGUCCUUGUCCUGAUGUGUUAUUUUCCACACAUAUCAUUCUGCAUUUCUGGUGAAAGUGCAUAACAAAAACUGAUGUUGAGAAAUGGACCAAACCCAGCAACAAUCGCAAGCACCAAACUUUACCUUCUCAAGCAUGCAGUCUGUCUUAUUCUCCUUGGAGUGAAACUCUGAAGGUCUCUGUACCUAUUGCCUGUGUUAAUAUUUCUUUUUAGCAGACAGCAGUAAUGUAGAGUGGAUCUUUUGGAAGUAAUGACAUAAAGGAUGUGGUUUCUUAUCUGAAUGUUCAGCUUUUUAAUCUGAUAAUAAAGUUCUUAUUUUUCAA